GUAAUGUCUCCUUUGUGGCUCGUUGUCUUUAUAGUCCCACUGGCGUCUGGAAUUAGUUUGUCUGAUUGUUCUAAAAAGAACUCGUGCUACGGAUCUCCGGUCAAUUGCCAGCCGGGUAUUGAUUGCCACGUGCUCCUUCGCUUUGAGGAUGAUGGCACUUUGGAUGUUCACCUGCAAAACUUCACUGCCCCUGAUGGAUACGUCGCUCUUGCCUAUAACUCUAAUCAGAAUGCCCCUACCGAGUACCUGAUCUGCAUUCCUCAUGAGCGCAAACGUCUUCGUGGAAUUUCUUCUCAAGGCGAGAUCAUAACAAUCACUGAGCAGAACAUGGCUCAAUACGUAGCUCAGAUGGACACCAAUACAUUCAUUUGCUCGUUUGUUGGAAAGGAAAUUCCUUCCAACUUCAGAAUGCAGUCGAAUUUUGUGGUUUCUGAAGGAUUAUUCGCGAAUGAGAGCAACAUUCCAACGACGUACAAGCUCGAACCCAUCAGCACGGACAGUGUCUUCUUCCACCCCAUUGCAGCAACCAUUGGCCGACAAGACGAAGCCUUAUCUGAAGAUGAGGAAAAGUUGGCUACGGAUCUGCUUGGGAAGGUCCAGAGACUUUCUGAUCAUGAUUCUGAAUCUACUGAUAUGGAGGCAAUUCUCAAUGAAAAAAACAGAUUCACAAUUGAGGAAUUUGAGGAAAAACUCUUUUCGGCAAUGUCUAAUCGUCGCCGCCCAAUCAAGAAGUUUGAGCGGGAGGAAGAAGAUCAAGACGAUGAUGAAUAUUCUGAAGUUGAAGAGAAGGAAUCGCAUCCCAAAAAGCGUCGUGAACAUAAGAAAGGGCGCCACACCCGAGUUCUCAGCGACGAGCAAGAAGAGGAUUACGAUCAAUACGAGGAUGAUAUGCCAUCGAAGAAAAGAAAACGUCCGUUCAACAGCGAGGAGCUUGAGAAUGGCGAAGAUGUGGACUUUGGCAAAAAGUCUAACAAAAACAGCAAAAGGGGACGUUCGAUGGACAAAGACAGAGAUGAUGAUGAUGCUUACAAUAGUUCGGACGAUGACUACGACAACAGCUCUGCCAAAUUCAAGCACUUCCGCAACGCCAUCAUCAUCCUUGUCUUCUGCAUUCAUUUCUAAAUCCUUGUUAAAAGAUCAUCGCGGCAUAUUUUUUAAUUAUUUAUUGCAUUAACAUUUUGUGCUCCUUUGCGGAUUGUUUGAUAUAACACAUCGGGUAUCUAUUGAAAAGUAAAUUAACUUUU